UGCCAGUGCCUGGAAGAGCUGACGAUUCGUUCAAAAAUGCUGUCGAAGAAAUAGCCAAGCGCAUCGACGCACAUAUGGCGACACAUCGAGGCGCAUCGACGCACAUAUGGCGACACAUCGAGGCGCAUCGACGCACAUAUGGCGACACAUCGAGGCGCAUCGACGCACAUAUGGCGACACAUCGAGGCGCAUCGACGCACAUAUGGCGACACAUCGAGGCGCAUCGACGCACAUAUGGCGACACAUCGAGGCGCAUCGACGCACAUAUGGCGACACAUCGAGGCGCAUCGACGCACAUAUGGCGACACAUCGAGGCGCAUCGACGCACAUAUGGCGACACAUCGAGGCGCAUCGACGCACAUAUGGCGACACAUCGAGGCGCAUCGACGCACAUAUGGCGACACAUCGAGGCGCAUCGACGCACAUAUGGCGACACAUCGAGCUUUACGGGAUGCUGCUCCAGAGGAUGAAUUUAUAAAGACAAAAUGCAGAUUUCCACCGACAUUUGGAACCGACAAAUACCUGCAAUGGAAUGCUGAGUUCGUGAAACAUAUUGCAAAGGUCCGAUCAAAAGACAUUCGUCGAGUGAUAAAUCCUUGUCGGUUACAUUUAGAGGUGUACAACAAAGCGUUAAUGGUGCAUAGUGAUGCGAGGAUAAGAGAUGCACUGGUUAUUCUUAAAGAGUUUAUGGAAGACUUCAGGGUAGUUCGAGCAGAACAUCCUACAGACGACUUUCUCAUGGCUCUUUAUGAUGAGCUUCGUGAAGAAACAUUCGACAGGGAACUAGAAAACCCCAAACUGCUCGAACUUGAGCGAAUACUCUCUAGAGUUCUUUGCGAUGACAAGAAUGGCAGAGGAAUUAUAUUUGUGCGAACGCGUGAAUUGGCUCUAGCGUUGGUUAGAUGGGUGAACGAAACAGAUUGUUUGGACAUUCUAAAUGCUUCCGAUUUCGUUGGACAAAGUGCAUCCGCUUCAGUUGGAGAAAUGGCAGAUCAGGAAGGUGCCAGUAUGGAUGAUCUACCUAGAGAUGACAUUAUCAAGGCGAAUAUCCUGGCAUAUCUUCCCCGUAUACGCACCUUCAUUCAAUCAACAGAUCUUCUCAGAUUGAAAUGUUAUAGCAAAGAGCAAAGAAAGAGGAUAUUUGAACUGUCCCGAAGGAGCGGUGAUAAAGCUGUUGAGCUCGGUUUGCGAAUGCUUAUCUAUGAUAUAGAGGACUGCGGGCGUUUUACCGCGUUCAAGGAGCUGAUGGCCAGCGAAAACGGAUAUCCAAAGAUUGCCCGAUACAUCGAGGGUGAAAUUGUUGCUUCAGAUGAAAACUUCAGGAAACUUUUGGACCUAUUUGCUGAUCAAAUAGUUUCAGUAGUGAAUCCAACGGAGAUUUUACCAACCUUGCUAACAAGAGAUCUUAUAACGAACGAAGAUGUUCAGAGGAUAAGAGCUGAAACUUCCAAUCAGGGCGCUGCGGCAUGGGAAAUGCUUUUUAGAUUACAAAGUAGAAAGGAUAACUGGUUUAAAGAUUUCUUGGUCAUUUUGAUUGACCAUGGAUAUAACGAUUUAGCGGAAAAACUGGAGCCGGAUAUGUUCAACAAGAUUGUUGUGCAGAAAAACGAAGACACUCGGAUGUAUGACAAUUUAAGAGAUAGCACCGUUUCUAUGACUUCUGAAACAAAAGAACCAAAUGCUUUUGUGGCUGAAGGAUGUGAAUUUGGCAGUGGGGGGAACAAACAAGCAAACACUGAUAUGAAAAUGUCAGAUUUGAAUUCAGAACCAAUUGCCAGCUCUCAUUGCAAACCAAACGAACUUGGUGAAUCGGAUACCUUAAAGAUGGAGUUGGACGGACUUGGCAUGGAAUUUAUAAACAUGCUACUGCCGCAAAACAAGGAGGAAGUUGUGACUCCCUCCGAUGAUGAUACUACAAGUUUUAAGGCCGUACAAGCAAGAACCUCCAGAGGUGACAGUCAGACAGAUGAUGCCUUAAUUGCCGAUAAAAGCGAAACUGAUAAAUUUCAAUUAAGAGAUUACUUUACUCGAUACCCUAAUCACGCAGAACUGACGCAUUUGAAUAUGGAAAUAGAAGAAACGCUUGUUAAAGUUAUUGCAAGAGACAAUAAUUCAAGCGGAUUAAGUCCACAGAAGUCUCAUGAAAACCAGACACAGUUAGAAGUCGAUGACAAUUCUAGCAAGAAUUCCGUUUCACAGUCUGAGUUCAGCAACGAUGAAAUAAUCGAAGGUAACUUGAAAUCUUUUUCUAGAUAUAUCUGUCCGUGUUUGGAGCCAACCGACUUUUUAAGGCUGCCUUAUUUUAAUCAAGGUUAUCCCAAAAUUGCACGGUUAUUGGAAGGCGAGUUCGUUGUUUGUGACGAGGAUUACAGAAGAUUGCUGGAUUUAUUUGUGGACGAGUUAUUAGAAAAAAUCACUGAUCCUACAACACUUAUUCCUAUUCUUGAAAGAUUUAAAGUUAUAAAUGACGCUGAUGCACAAGAAAUAAGAGCAGAAUAUGUCAAUAAAGGGCCAAAUCGAGCUAUUUGGAUCUUGCUGUUCAAACUUCCUUGUCGAGUAGAGACUUGGUUUAAGGAUUUCAUGAAUGCUCUCAUUGAAUGCGAUUUAUUGGCACUGGCUGAAAAGUUGGAACCUGACAUUUUCAAAAAAUUGAUGGCGCGACAUAGGUACGAUGAACGAGACAGUUGUGGUACCGAGACAGAAAUAGCAACUUCAUUUGAUUGGGAAGAAGCAAAAAGCUGCCGAAAUGGAGACGUCCCUGAAUUUAGCGAGUUACUCCAGUCUUCUCCAAUCAUGUCCGAUGAGGAAGAAACAUAUUUGAGGGCAAAUGUUGCUGUUGAUGACCUUACAUCGGCUUUCAAUGAACUUCUUCAUAACACUGAUAGCCAUGAGACAGAAAUAUAUUCUCGACUUCCCAAAGGGGAAACACGAACGACUGUUAAUCAAACAAGGUCUCAGAUGGAUGCAACUGAAGCUGGAAAGCGAUUAGUUUAUGACAAAGAGUUUUUAUUGGCAUGUAAAGGAUCGCCCCUUUCUUCGAUUUGUCCACCCGAAAUAGCAAACAUUCCGGACAUUGAUAUACGUAUGCCUACUAGAAUCGAUCCGGAAAGGGUCUUUAGCGAGGAUGAGUUUGAGAUAAAUAUUGAGACAGACCAAGACGAUCUUAAAACGAAUGUUUAUGACGUGGAUAUAAGUCUACGGGGUUACCAAGAAGAGUUAGCACAGGAGGGUUGCUAUGGAGAAAACGUUAUAGUGAUGGCUCCAACAAACUCGGGCAAGACCAGAGUAGCAUGUAGAAUUAUGCAGGUUCACCUAAGACAGAAAAAAGCAGAAAGAAAGAAGGGUCGUAUUUUAUUUCUUGUUGAAAACGAAGCGCUAGCCAUUCAGCAAGGAGAAGUUUGUGCAGAACGACUUACAACUUACAGGACAAAGGUGUUCAGCGGUAACGUCCACAGGCUGAAAAGGCAAAUGCUCUGGGAUUUCCUUGAAAGAAGAGACAUCUUUGUUGUAACAGCACAGAUUCUGGUGAAUGCUUUAAAGGCAAACAAAAUUAAAAGCCUCAGCAAAUUUUCUCUGAUUGUGUUCGACGAAUGUCAUCACUCAAACAAACAACACAUGUAUAAUCAAAUUAUGGCUCGAUAUCUUGACCUAAAACUGCGGGAGAAAGAUGAACUGCCCCAGAUCGUUGGACUUACAGCAUCCUUGGGCGUUGGUGGAAAGACUGAAUGGGGCCAAGGAGUAGAUCAUAUGAAAAUUAUGGCAAGCAUGGACGCAAAGUUUAUAUGUACAGUGAAAAAGCCUGAUACAAUUAUUGAAUUUAAAUUAUUUGUGAACCCACCGGUUGAAGAACUAUUGCCUGUGCCUGGAAGAGCUGUCGACUGCUUCAAAAAUGCUGUAGAAGAAAUGGCUAAGCGCAUCGACACACAUAUGGCGACACAUCGAGCUGUACGGGAUGCUGCUCCAGAGGAUGAAUUUAUAAAGGCGAUGUGCAGAUUUCCACCGACAUUUGGAACCGUCAAAUACCUGCAAUGGAAUGCUGAGUUCGUGAAAAAUAUAGCAAAGGUCCGAUCAAAAGACAUUCGUCGAGUGAUAAUUCCUUGUCGGUUACAUUUAGAGGUGUACAACAAAGCGUUAAUGGUGCAUAGUGAUGCGAGGAUAAGAGAUGCAUUGGUUAUCCUUGAAGAGUUUAUGGAAGACUACAGGGUAGUUUCAGCAAAACAUCCUACAGAUGCCUUUCUCAUGGCUCUUUAUGAUGAUCUUCGGGAAGAAACAUUCGACACGGAACCAGAAAACCCCAAACUGCUCAAACUUGAGCAAAUCCUGUCUAGAGUUCUUUGUGAGGACAAGAAUGGCCGAGGGAUUAUAUUUGUGCGAACGCGGGAAUUGGCUCAAGCAUUGGUUAGAUGGGUGAACGAAACAGAUGGUUUGAACAUUCUAAAUGCUUCCGACUUUGUUGGACAAAGCGCGUCCGAUUCAGUUGGAGGUAUGCAAUUCAAGUUGUUGCUGUUUAGGGAUGACCAGAAAGAUGUGUUGCAGUACUUUAAGGAUGGACAACACCGACUUUUUAUUGCGACGUCUGUUGCUGAGGAAGGUCUUGAUAUAUCUAAAUGCAACCUUGUGAUUCGUUAUGAGCAUGUCACUAAUGAGAUCGUCAGACUUCAAUCGAGAGGGCGGGCAAGAGCGGAAAAUAGCUUGUACUUUGUUAUCGCGGAGAAGGACUCUUGGAUUCUUGCUAAAGAGGAAAAGAACCAUCAAUGUGAGGAACUUAUGAAUCAGAUUGUUUCGCACCUGCAGGUGUUCACUGAAGAUUAUGCGAACAUCUGGGAGAGAGAGCUCUUAGAAAUUCAAGAAAGAAUGAAACAAGAAGAAGAAAAACAAGCAGAAGAAAGAGAGCUGAACAUGGCAGCUAGAGGUGCCCGUUUUGAAUGCUUUAAUUGCAGUUCCUUUAUUUGCUUGUCUGACGAUAUUAGGGUCAUAAAAUAUGCACAUCAUGUUAUCAUUGAUGAAGAAGCAAAACGACGUCUUACUCUCAAAAGAGGGGCUCCUAACUUUAUUGAACCAGAAGGCGCCCAAUAUGGAGGGAUUUUGUAUUGCGCAAAUGAGGAAUGCCAACGGGAACUGGGAUCGGUUUGUACUUACAAAUUCUCUGAGUAUCCAUUGGUAGGAUUGAAGAACUUUAAGAGUUUUGAUAGAUUUGGACAAGGUCGCGUGUUUAAGAAAUGGAAACAGGUCAAAUGCAAAAUCGAGGAAUUUACUUUUGAAGACUUGGAGACUGUUGUUGCAGAAAGACUUGCGAAUGUUUAAACUGCUGGUCUUACCUUUGCGUUUGUGAAACAUUUUGUUUUGUAAAAUCACAAAGGAAAAUUACUAGAUCUAGUCAAAUUAUCAACGCCAUUUAAAAUACAAACAUGAUAUGUUGUUAACUCUUAAUUGAUCCGUUUAAUGUGCAAUAUGCUUCAAAUCGUUCCAUAAUUAUUAAUUGUGUUAUUUAUUUUAUAUUUGUAAGUCAAAUAUUUAUAGUAUGCUUUGUGAUACGUUGCAAGUCUUAGCUAUCGUGUAUAAUUUAUUGUAAUAGUGGUAUAUGUUGUGGUUAUGUCAAAAUAAAGCAAUCUGGUGAUUAUAUUAAACAACUAAUAUAAUAGUCGCUGAGCGUUUUUCCUUUCAGUAGUACUGCAUUGUCCAAAACAUAUAUUAUUCAGAUGUUACCACUUUGUAAGUCAUCGGCUGCCAAUUAUUUUUUUCUUUGUACUGCACGUGUAUUAUACAAGUCAUGUUUUUGCAAUGCAUAUAUGAAUUGGCUUUGUGAUUUGUUUUGUCAUGUAUUUAUGUUUGACUGAUAAAAAUUGCUUUGUACA